CAAUAAUUUUUUUUUCAUAUAUUAUAAGAUUGUAUAAAGUUUACGUGCAUUUUUUCUCAUAAUAAGUUAAUAGUAUGUCAAGAUUUAUGAAUGGAGUAUUGAAUAAAGUGCACAAAAGUGUUGUGAGUGUUGCUAUUGGAUUAACGGUGAUAUCCACUGGAAUAUUCAUGUUAAGAUCUUACGAAAUUCUAUUCGUACCAGUUGAUCAAAGAGUUAAAACAAGACAAGAGGUCAAUGAAUUGUUAAACAACGAGCAACUACUGCAUAACGAGGAAUAGAUUAAUAAUGCGUUUUUACAAGUAUUGUGAUCUUGUCAAUGCUAAUACUAACUAUGCAAAUCGGAUGAAAAUGCUCAGCAAUCGUAUUUUUGGUGAUGUUGUACGGCCAACUAAUGAAAAAUCUAUGAGGGUAGUGAAAAUGUUUAGUGAAGAACCAUUAUACAAAAAAGAAAAUGUCAUUAACUACUAUCCUCGUCAUAUAGAGACGGGAUUAUUAAUGAAAAAACUUCGAGAAUAUGGUUUGUUUAGAGAUGAACAUCAAGACUUUAUUGAAGAAAUGAAAAGACUCAAAGCUCUUAGGGGAAAAGUAUUUGUUAAAGGAGAGAAAAAAAGAAAAGCUAARAGUAUUAUAUAA